GCUGGAGAGUAGGGGCACGGCUGCCUUCGCGUCCGCCGCGCUUUCCGCUGCUCCUAGCUCCGGGCCUGAGCCCGACACCCGGUCGCCCCGUCGCGCUCGUCCCGAGGGCAUGCGGCAGCCGCAGGGGCCCCCGGCUCCCGGGCUAGGCGUCGCGGGCAAGUGCGAGCGGAUGUUCGGUUCUUCUCCACAAUGAAUGAGUGUCACUAUGAUAAGCGCAUGGACUUUUUUUAUAACAGGAGUAACACUGACACAGCCGAUGAGUGGACAGGAACAAAGCUGGUUAUCGUUUUGUGUUUUGGAACGUUUUUCUGCCUGUUUAUUUUUUUUUCUAAUUCUCUGGUCAUCGCGGCAGUGAUCAAAAACAGAAAGUUUCAUUUCCCCUUUUACUACCUGUUGGCUAACCUGGCCGCCGCAGAUUUCUUUGCUGGAAUUGCCUAUGUCUUCCUGAUGUUUAACACUGGCCCAGUUUCAAAAACUUUGACUGUCAACCGCUGGUUUCUCCGCCAGGGACUUCUGGAUACUAGCUUGACUGCCUCCCUGACCAACUUGCUAGUUAUUGCCGUGGAGAGACAUAUGUCAAUCAUGAGGAUGCGGGUCCACAGCAACUUGACCAAAAAGAGAGUGACGCUGCUCAUUUUGUUCAUCUGGGCCAUUGCCAUCUUUAUGGGGGCGGUCCCCACACUGGGCUGGAAUUGCCUCUGUGACAUCUCUUCCUGCUCUUCCUUGGCCCCCAUUUACAGCAGGAGUUACCUCAUUUUUUGGACUGUGUCCAACCUGAUGACCUUCUUCAUCAUGGUUGUGGUGUACCUGCGGAUCUACAUGUAUGUCAAGAGAAAAACCAACGUCUUGUCUCCACAUACGAGUGGGUCCAUCAGUCGUCGGAAGACUCCCAUGAAGUUAAUGAAGACGGUGAUGACUGUAUUAGGGGCUUUCGUGGUGUGCUGGACCCCAGGCCUGGUGGUUCUUCUGCUUGAUGGCCUGAACUGCAAGCAGUGCAGCGUGCAGCACGUGAAAAGGUGGUUUCUGCUGCUGGCGUUGUUCAAUUCGGUCAUGAACCCCAUCAUCUACUCUUACAAGGACGAGGACAUGUACAGCACCAUGAAGAAGAUGAUCUGCUGCUUCUCCCAGGAGAAGAACCCAGAGAGGCGCCCCUCAGGAAUCCCCUCCACUGUCCUCAGCAGGAGUGACACUGGCAGCCAGUACAUGGAAGACAAAGACAGCAUCACCCAAGGCAGCACCUGCAACAAGGAUAGUUCCUGAGCUCCGGAGCUCACGCGUGGCGGCCCCCUGUCCAAGAGCUGUUAGGAUGGCUGCCUGCCUCUAACAAAGCCCACACACAGUGUUACUCCAGGUCAGAGCUAGUCAUUCUAGAUUAAAAAAAAACAAAAAAACAAAACAAAAAAAAACAGUUUUUACAUAGUGUAAAAGCACAGGUGGUAGAGAGGACACACUGCACUUAGAGAAAACGCGCGGGGUGAGGGAAGACGGCGCAAGGGAUCUGUGCUGGACAUCCUGAGGGCCCCGUGGCACGUCGGCCCCUCCGUUCAUGCUGGGAUCAGCCGCCAUCUUGUAGCUGUGCUCUUUGUGUUUUAAAAGGAUGUUUUUACAGGGCUUAGGUCAAAAUAAAUAAUAAUGUCACUUGAGCCACUUUAGGUAGCUGCUUGGAAUGCAUGUGUAGUUCUUUCUGCAUGCAGUUUUAAAAAAUGCUUUAGCAGUGGUAUUUUUGUCCUCAAAGAAGCCCGGCCACUAGUUAGGUGUUCAAUAGGAAUCUCAGUGACAAAUCAAUAAGGACUCCAGGUUGAAUUUGAUUUUUAACUGAAAGAACAUUCUGAGGAAAGAGAUGUGAGGUAAUAACAGGAAGUAACUAUUCAAACUUCUUUUGAAAUAAAAAAGAGACCUUCACUUGGUCUUGUAUGCUCGUGGCUGUGGAUUACACACCUACAUAUUUAUACAUUUCCACAUGGUAUUCAAAGACACUGAGGACAGUGUUGGUGAACUAAUUCAACUCUUACUCUAGCGUGAUUGCUGUGGAGAUGACAGGUUCUGCCCUGAGCAAAAAGAGAAAGAGGUGAUUCCUUUGCAGACAGACAUAAGGCAGAGUAAAAGGUGUAUUGAUAAUCAGACUGAUUUCCUUUCAUAUACGAUUAAACUGAGCUCAAUGUGAGCCUUUAUUUUCAGUUACCUCCCUACCCCUGGUGACUUGGCAGAUUUAGUAUGUGGAACAAUUUUCACAUCUCUGUUUUGCCCAUGGUUAUUGACAUACUUCUAUCCUUGUCUUACUUUUGAUCCGGGUUUUUGUUUUGUUUUGUUUUUAAUUUUUCUCUUUCAAAGAACCAACUAGACAACAUGAAAGGCAAGUCAGAAAGGAAAAAAAAGUUCCAUACACAGAGGCUACUGACCAGAAUUUUCUAUAUAAAGCAUUUAGAGUAUAUUCUGAUUUUAAAAUAAGAAUAACUUCAAGGCAAAUAUAGUAUUUAUGUAGUUUGCAAAAGAAGUUUACAUUUUUUUUUUGCUAUUGUGAUGUAACAUCUGUGUGCAAGAACUACUUGUAAUAAAAGGAUUUCAAAAGUCAUGCUUUUAAAUGUAAUGACCUGAAAUAGAGUAUUAUGAUUUGAAGGUGUAAAUUUCACAAAUUCUGUAUAGUAAGUCAUCUAUCUGAUGCUUCCAUCAAAGCUCUAUAUAAAAUAAAAUUUAA